AUGUCAUCAAAACCCACUCUAGGCUAUUGGGCGUCGAGAGGUCGGGGCCAACCCAUACGCCUACUGCUGAAGUACGCGGGCGUAGAGUUUACGGACAAACGCUAUACCGACCCAAAGGGCUGGCAGUCGGACAAGUAUACGCUGGGCCUACCCUUCCCUAACCUUCCCUACUAUAUCGACGGCGACCUAAAACUGACCCAAUUCUCGGCUAUAAUGCGCUAUUUGGGCGAAAAGCACAAACUGGUGGCCGUCACCGGUAUCGACCGGCACCGGGCCCUACAAGACAUGGCUGAGCAACAGGUUCAGGACAUGAUGAACGGCUUUCUGAAGGUGCUCUUUGAUCCGGAAGGUGAGGCCAAACCCCAGGCGUAUAUCACCGGCACUCUGGAGCCACAGUUGGCACUGUUUGCCAAGUUUUUGGCCGACAAACUGUGGUUCACCGGCGGUCAGGUGUCUUACGUAGACUUUAUGGCCUACGAAGUGCUCGACUGGUGGCGCCGAUACUCGCCUGAGUCGGUGGCCAAACACCCGACAGUUGGCCAGUAUUUGGAUCGCUUUGAAGCCCUGCCGGCGAUUAAGGCUUACCAGAGUUCGGCUGAGUAUAACCCGUGGCCAGCGUUUGGACCCCGGGCUAAAUGGACGGGCAAGUAG